AUGGCCGAAGUAGCAGCCGCGGCGAUCGCAGCCGAGCAAGUCGUAGCAACAGGCGUCGAAGCAGCAGCAGCCGUUGCCAUCGCCGCGCCGACCCUACCCCUUAAAAUAGCCCUCACUCACCUCCCAAACCCAGCCCCAGAAGGCUCACCCCACCCCGCGCUCUGCCGCUCGCACCACACGCUCACCGUCCUCCGCAACAAAGCCUACAUCUUCGGCGGGCUCGACCCUUCAGGCACACUCUGCCCCCCCGGCAUCCACACCAUCACCCUCCCCUCAUCCCCCACCGCCACCGACCCCGCCAGCGUCGCAGCACCACCAACCAACAACGACAACGAGCAGUACAACAACAACAACGACGACAACAACCUCGACGCGGACGUCUGA